CAAGGUCAAAUGUUUCAGCCGUAUCCAAUAAAUCAAAAGCUUCUGACAUCCCCACUGGCGCCAACCUCGAAGGAGAGGCUGAGGCGAGAGCGAUUAGCUCGAUGUCCGCCAAAUCAGGGAAGACAAAUGUAACAUCAGCAUCGACAAAAUCCAAAGCUUCUCAUGCUGGAAAUGAAGCUGAACACAGAGCAGAAAGUCUUACGUCAAAUAAAUCAAUUCCUUUAACUGACAUUUCGGCUGAAGAAAGGUUGUGUGAUAGUGAGGAAACUGAAGAAGGAACUCCAAGUUCAGCGUCAAUUAAAUCAUCAAAGUCUGAUCUGUCUCGGAGGUCAAGGAAACGUGCCGAAGAGGUCGGUCAAACAGGGAGGUCAACAAGUGUUUCGUCAAAUGUUUCUACAAGAACCACAAGGUCCAACGUAUCUGAAAACCCUCAUAAGGGAACGACGGUACAUGAUGAAGAAACUGAAGAAAGAGCACAAAGUAAAAUGUCAACUAAAUCCGCAAAAUCCAAUAAAUCAAAAACAAUGAUAGCUGUCAAGGUUCCCACAAUAGAAUACUCUGAAACUGCUCAUGAAGGAAUUACUCAAGAGAAAUCUGACAGAGCUCCAAGUGUCACGUCGGCCAGGUCGAAUAUGUCUGUGAGGUCAAGUAAGUCAAAUGUAUCUGAAGUUCCUGUUGAUGAAAAUAAUCAUAAACAGGAGGAGAGAACACAGAGCCCUCUGUCUGCAAAGUCCACUUAUUCUGAAAUGUUAGGCACAUCUGAAAUCCCCACACUGACAGUUGAGGAAAGUGAAGACAGAGCACCCAGCUCCAGGUCCUCAAAGUCCAAGGCUUCAGCACGUUCAAUCAAGUCAACAGCAUCGGAGCUUCAAGAAAAGCAAAACGCGGGGCGCCCAAAAAGCUCUCUAUCUGUCAAGUCACGUCUCUCUGUGAAAUCUCGAAAAUCCAAAGCAUCGGAUACUUCCACAGCUGAACGUGUUGAAAAAAAGGAAGAAGAGGAGUCUGUUCAUGUUCCUGCUGAGGUGGUCAGUGAUUCUCAAACACCUGCAGGGGAAGAUGUGAAUCCUGAAGACAGGAGCGAGCCUCCAUCCAGUUUGCAUGAGGAAACAGUUGAUAAAACAAGUUGUAACUCUAAGACCAGCCAGUCAAGGAGGCUGGACACAAAACGUGAACCUGCGGGCGUCACAGCCAACGCAUAUCACGUAGCGAAAUCCGCUGAGUCAGAAACCUGUCAAAGUUCACAACAGACAGAAGGAAGUAAACGUAGAGUGAUGUGUCACGCAGAGUCGAAAGAAAGCGAUCUCUCACAAACUCUUUCCAGUUCAGACAUCGUCAAGGAGAUGUCUGAAACUCCCGCAACCGGGGAAUCAAAAUCCCAAACGUCUAAGAAGGUGACAAACGGUCAACUGGAAGUCAAGGAUAACACAAGUGGCAGAAGCAGCAAAUGCAAAAACAAGAAAACGAAUGACCUUGAGAUGGUCCCAUCCAGACUCCCAAAUGCAUCCCCGACCGAGGUAGUGAACGAAUGGCUCAACUCAAUACCAGCAGACGGUGAUACGUGCAUGUACGACAUGGACGAAUUUAAUGAAGACUGUGAUGGACAGAAAAAAGGUCACGCCACAGAGGAAGUUGACCAAACGCACGACAGUGAAAACAAAGACCCUGCAGCCGUGAAUCCUCCCGACACAAAUGAAGGCGUCGCGAUGGAAGCUGUCCGGAAUGAUGACAGCCAAACAUGCCCGGACGCGUCGAAUGCAGAAAGUGUCCGUACUCAAAUGGAUGACGUCUCUAAAAUAUUCAACUCCUCCGUGCAGGUGAUGAAAGUACUUUUAAACCCCAAGCUCGACAGAUGCAACAGUUUGCCGGAAAUCUCCCCCGCGUGUGGACGUAAACUGAGCACUUCAGCCAGAGGUCUUCUGGAUUGCCUGGUGAAGUUGCAGCUAAUAGAUCACGCCCCUGAAAUCGCAAACGAAAAGAACGAACGAUACCAAGAGCUGAUGAACAUUCUUAAAUCUCUUUGGCUUUGUGACGCUCAAGAAAAGGAACAGAAAACGGUAAAGAAGUGCGACCACCAUUCUUUGGACGAUGAUUUCAAUCACACCUCGUCCUCCGGCGUGGACGUCAACAGCGGCUCCACGGGCUCCGGGAACAGUAGCGACGGUGUGAACGCUAAUGCGCGUCAGCCACUCGCGAAAACAGAUGUGAUGGGGAACGUGCAAAAUAUCUGUGAGGAUGAAGCAGAAGCUCAGGAGGUAGAAGUACAUUUGGGAGAACAAAAGGAAGAGGAUCCGGCGUCCGAUGAGACAAUUAGAAGCAACGACAGCCCCAGAGAACUAUCAGAAACACCCCCCUCCUCAAACAAGAGUUCAGGGAAUGACUGCAAAAUAAUUCCUCAAAACCCCGAUCCUGUUUGGGUCUUAACCUUGUUAACUACAUUAGAAAAGCAGUUCAUGGCACACUACGUUGAUGCCAUGAGCGAGUUCAAAGUCAGAUGGAACUUGGAUGACAGCGAGCAGCUCGACUUAAUGAUCAGUGAGCUGAAAGCCGAGGUCCAGAAGAGAAUCCAAACAAGUAUAAACAAGGAAAUGAGGAAACUUCAAGGUCAGGCAGGCAUACCGAGACCCCCUACAGAAGCCAUGUCCUGCGCUUCAACCGCGCAAUCAGGGGGGAGAAGACGGAGGCUGAAGGUCGUGCUCAAUCAAUCAGUUGAGCCCCGAGCAGAAAAAAGUGACGAGUCAGCAACAGGCACAUCUUACAGUGACCAGCGCAGUGAGAACGAAGAUGAAUGUCCAUGUGCAACGUGCUUUAAGAAAGAAGUUACGUCCGUGCCACCACUUCCUGCAGUAGUCGUAAAUGCUGCCCCUCGCAUUUUGGACUUUGACCUGAGGAGGAUUCUGGUGAUGAAGAACGGGGAUGCCGGUAAUACACCUGCAAUCACCUGUGGAUCUCACUGUGAAAAGGAUACAGCAACAGAAGCAGCAGGGACGUUCGUAGAAGGCGUUAUUGCCGAAGCCGUAAGGGAAGUGGAAGGAAAUGAGUUGCACUGUGAUGCAAACGAUGACUUGUGUGAAGAGGAGGAGUCUGAAAACAGUGAAGUAGGAGAAUCAGUCGAAGAAUUUACUCACCAGGCUAUUGCUGAUCUUGUAAAAACGUUACCUUCAGAGGACUUUGAGGAAAUAAGCAAAGCAGAAGAUGAAGGGGCAGAAAAGGAAAGCGCCAACAUGGUCACAGAUGAAGCUGAAUCCACAGCAGAGGAUGAAGACACAGCCGAAGAAGAAAUAGAAAUGUCUAUUGCGGCUGCCACGGCCGAACCACACAAAGAAGAGACAAAUAUGGGAUGGUUGUCGAUGAAGAGGAAAUUGCUGCCGACGAUUCAGAUCGUUCUGCAAACGAGAACGAGGACACAGCGACUCAUGGAGGACGAGGACACGUGCUCUGCUGAGGACUUGUCAAAAGAUGAGGCAGAACCUGAGAAUGACAGUGGUGUGGAAGGAGAGCUUAAUGUGGACGAGUCGAGGGAAGGGACAGAGGAGGCCACCACUGCUGAAGAUGAAAAAGAGGAAGAGGACGAUGCGGCGGCCACAACUGAAAAUGAAUCCGACGAAGAGGAGACUGAGGAAGCAGGGAUGGUUGAUCACGAUGAAGAGAUUCCUGCCACAAGUGGAGAUGAGUCUGAGGAGGGGAACGAUGUCACAACUGUCGAAUCAUCAAAAGACCCAUCUGAAAAAGCAACGACUGAAGAUGAGCUUGUUUUAGAAGAGGAUAUUGCUUUUAAAAGUGAAGACGAGGCCUUGGAGGAAGGGACAGUCGAUGAUGAUGACGAGGAGAUUCCCGCCACAAGCGCAGUUGAGUCUGAAGACGAGAGCGACGCCGCAGCUGAUCACUCGUCAAAAGAACGAGCUGAAGCGGCAAACUCUGAAGAGGAGCUCGCUGUGGAAAAGGAGAUCGCCGUUGCAGGCGAGGACGAUCUGAAGGAAGAGCCCGCGGCCGAGGAUGAAAACGCAGAAGAGAAAACGAGUGAAUUCGAAUCUGACAAAGACGACGCCGGAGAGGGAGGGGCAGUCGAUGGUGACGAGGAGAUGGCUGAGGAUGAGAACGGCGACGCGGCCACAGCUGAUGCAUCCUCAGAAGAAUCGGCUGAGGAAGCAGAAACUGAAGGCGGGAUGGCUUCUGUGGUGGCAACUGAAAGUGAGUCUGACAGCGAAGGAGAGGGAGAAGAAGAGGUUCUGGUCACCAGUGCCGAUGAGUCCGCAGAUGACAACAACGCCACGGUCACAGCUGAUGAUGAAGGUGAGAUUUCUGAUGAAAAGGAGCUCGUUGGCUCAAGUGAAGAUGGAUCGAGUGAACAGGCGGCUGAAGCCGCUGCGUCCGAGGAUGAAAAUGCUGCAGAUGAAGUGGCGGAAUCUGAACACAAGGAGGCAGCGGGGACAACGGAAGAUGUCGACGAGGCUCCUUACACCGGUGAUGAUUAUUCUGAAGAUGAAACCGCAGAGGACAAUGACGUAACGGGUGGUGAACUGUCAAAGGAACCUGCUGGAGAAGCAACAGCUGAAGAUCACAAAGAUGAGUCUGUGGAAGCAGGGGCAGUCAAUGGUGAUGACGAUGAUUAUGAAGAGGAUGAGAGUAUCGCUCCCACGAGUGGAGAUGAGUCUGGAGAUGAGAACGAUGAUGAGACUGCCUCGGAAAAAGAGAUCAUAAGUGAACAUGAAUCAAAGGAAGAAAAGACGGAUGAAGAUGAAAGGACCUCUAUGGCAGCCACCACUGAGAAAGAAUCUGACAAUGAUGUCAACGAGUCAAAUAUGGAGCUGGCAGAAGACGAGAAUAGUGCAGAAGACUCUCAUGUGGCAGUCACACCUGAGGAUGAGCCUGACGAGGACGAACCUGCCCCAUACGAUGAAGAUGAAAGUGCAGGCACUGGAAAGGCUGGAAAUGAAAGUGCUGCAGAAAAAGAUGGCGACGCCUCAAGUGACGAUAAUGAUAACAGUGAAGCAGAACACGCAGACGUUGAAGCCACCACCGAACAUGACUCUGAAGAUGGAUCUGCGGAAGAAGACACCCGCGUGGACGAGUCCGGGUCGGAGGAGGAAGAAAACGUGGACGAAGCAGCAGUUGAAGAUGGGAUUGCUGAAGAAGACGAGAUUGCUGUCACGAGUGCAGAUGACAGGAAGGAAGGAGCCGAGGAGGAAAAUGCAGCAGAAGAUUUGUCCGCCCCGAGUGAGCAAGAAUCUGACAAAGAAGAGACCGUGGAACCAUCAACUACCGGUGAAGUGCAAGAAGGUUUUGCUGAAGAAGAUUCUUCAGAAGGCAUAGAUGCCUCCACAGAUGCUGAUGAAACUGCAGAGGAGCAUGAUGACAAAAUCAAAGCUGAAGUACCUGCAAGAGAACCAUCAAAAGACAAAGACAAAGCUGCUUUGGAAGAAGAGCACGCUACCACAGAUGAAGAUGACACCAAGGAGGAGACUUCUGAUGUAGUCACAGCCACAGAAAAAGAGAGUUUGGGUGAAGAGGAAAUCUGUAAUACUGAUAAUGAACCAAGUGAGUCGGAUGAAAAGGAAGAUGAUGAAUCCGCAGCAGAAGAAAGAUCCAAAGCUGUGAGUGAAAGUGAAUCACAAGAAGAGAAUGAUGAAUCAGCCCCAGAUGGAAAUAAAUCAGAUGCCAACGAGACUGCAGAAGAGAAUCAUUCAAAAGUUACAAAUGACGAAUCAGGAGACGAAUAUUCAGAAACAAAGCCUGAGAAUGAGACUCCAGAGGAAAGUGCAGGAGAAGAUCAAAAUGAGGAAGAGGAAGAAGACGUUGAGAAUGACAAUGAGACUCCAAGUGAGGGCGAAGAGGUCCAUUGCGCAGUGUCAGCUUUUGUUCAAGAAGAGGAGGACAACGAGGAUGACGACAACGAAGGUCACAACGAAGGUGGAACAACAGGCGGAGGAUCUGAUGAGGCUGGAAGCGACGAGGAGGAGCACGCUGCUUCUGAAAGCGCUGCGGAGUCCGGAGCCAAGUGUGAAGGUCGCACGCCGGCUGCAUCCACAGCAGAUGAGUUUGAAAAACCUGAAACGGCAGAAGACGAUUUGGGAGAGUCCGAAAUGACGGGGGAUGAGAUUACCGAGAGUGACGGUGGAGCAGAAGGUGGAGCAGAAGGUGUAUUGGCAGGAGCAGUUAAUGGAGAAGGAGCAGAGGACAGAAGCAUGAGUGAAGAGCAUGGAGAAGAGGCCAUCAAUGAGACCGACGACGUGGUGGAGCUGAGGCCGGAUGAGGAUGCUGAGAAGUUAUCAGAAAACAUCACAGUGGAAGACGUAGAGGACCUCAACGAGGAAUCGGCGACAAAGGACACACGCUGCGAACGCAUUAACGUCGCAGACAGUCGCCGUGGCAACGACGAUGAUCCUGGCGCCUCCGAGAAAGAGGAGGAAAAGCACGAGGCGACCCACAAGGACUGGGUGGGAAACCAGGGAGAUUCGGCCGAUGGAGAAGAUGAAGCCGAGGACGACUCAGACGAGCCGGAGGAAGACGCCGAUCGCGGGGAUCAAGGUUUCGUUCCGAGCAUCGCUGGUGAUCACGAGGCGGACGCGACAGAGGCGGAGAAAACGACGUCGGUCCCCCUCGGCACCUCGGCCGGAGGGGACGCCGAGUCUGAGGAUGGCGCCUAUGCAGACGUCGAAGAUUCCGAGACCGACGCAAACAGCCCAGAGGAGGCGAGGAGGAGCGUUUCAUCGUAACUC